UCGGUCUAAAAUAUCCUUAGAAUCGACGGAAGAAUGCUAUGAAAACGACGAGUCAAUCUGGUUUCUCAGGAAUCGUAGGGAUUAAGAAUAAAGAAUAGCAAGGGACAUGGAGUUGAUCGAGUUUGAUAGUUCAUCUGUCGAUUUCACUCUGCGUAUUUUCUAUUCAUCUGCACACAAGGGAAGCUGAAGAGUACGAAUCACGCCUCACAGUAAUAGAAAUUUAGAUCUCCAGAACGAAAAGAGAAAGGGAGAGCAGCUGCGACUUCCACAAAGUUACUCAAAUUUUCAAAGGGAAGUUCAGAUGGAAUCAUGGAAAUUCCUCAACGGAGAGAGUGCCAGAGACGACUCUAUUUUUUAUUUGUUUCAUCAUUUUUCACGAAACUUCAGCGGAAGCUCUUGUAUUAAGCUGCGCUAUCCUUGCUAUCUCCUCCAAAAACGCGUCAGGCACCGACAAAUCGAGCUUCGUAACCGCCAUGAUCCAGUUCCUCUGUUACGACCUGUACGACGCCGAUCUUUCCAAAGUAUCUGAAGAUUUCUGAUCUGAAGAUGCUUCUCUUACAAACUACGAGCAGAUCGGUUAUCGUCAUCGAGGAUUUCGAUCGGUUGAUUCGGUUCCAAGGGCGAGAUAUCGGAGGUUGGGCUCCCCUGAGAUUGGGAGAGGAUUGGAAGUCUUUCUUCUUUCUUCGCGAAGAGAAGUACUAAACUAUUUUGAUCAAUUUUGUACCCAUUUGAUUGUUAACUAUUAUAGCAUCCUUUAAUUAAAUGGAGAGCAGAGAAGCACGCAACAGAGCAGCGGCUGAAAGGGUAAUAGCUGAAGCACGUGAACCAGCACAAUGGGCUGCUGUUCAGAGGGCGGAAGCUGAAGCUGGUGAAAGGGCAGCAGCAGCAGACGCCAGGGAGAGGGCAGCUGCUGAAAGGGCUGUUGUCGAAAGGGUAAUCGCCGAAGCGCGUGAACGAGCACAAUGGGCUGCUGUUCAGAGGGCACAAGCUGAAGCUGAUGAAAGGGCAGAAAUUGAGGCAAGGGAAAGAGAAGAAAGAACAGCAGAAGAAGCCAGGGAGAGGGAAGCUACUGUUGCGACGAAGAAGGAAGCACCAGAGCGAGCUCCUGUGGAGGCUAGAGGGGAACGAGCGGCUUUUGAAGGAGCUGCUGCAUCGUCUCGAGAAAGGGCAGCAGCUGCAGAGUCAAUGCCGAGGCCUAACGCUUCGGAUCCAAUUGAAACCCAAUUUCUGAACAAGGGAGUGUCUGAAGGGGUGCGCUGGAGAUCUUCUGAAACUUCACCCAGCAUGAACAAGGCAUCUUCCUCAACAAAUGUUGUUGAUGAAUUAAUUCAAUUUUUGGAGGUAAUCUCACUGUUAAUUUGCAAAAUUUUGAUUGUUUGUAAUGCAACAAUAAAUUCAACAGUAGUGUAUGGUGUUGCAAGGGAAAAGGUAGCACGAGAACGAGCUGCUUUUGCAAGGGCUGAAGCAGAAGUAUGGCUUAGACACGAACAAGCGGCUGUAGAAAGGGCUGUUGCAGAGUCUCGAGAAAGGGCUGCUGUGAAGGCUAGAGAGCUAGCAGCAUUUGCAAGAGAUAAUGAGCAAAAGAAUGAUAAUGAUCAUUGACGGUGAGUUGCGCUGAGCAUCGAACGGCUGAGAGCAUCUGAAUGCGCAUCCCAAGGGGCUCCCAGUAACCCAAUGCUCACUGCAUCAGUGCAACGGUUGUAAACAAUUUUCACACAUCUUCGAACACCUAAUAGCUUGACUUUUUAUGGAUCAUAAAUUCAUAAUGCCUAGCCAGUUUAUAACAGAAUUUGCUAUGCUAAUUUUAUUUAUGGGAAAAGGUUCUCUAAACAGGGUUCAACUCUUCUCCUUAGCGGUGAUCGUCCAGGUCGUCCCAUAGCUACUUAGGUGCUCACCAUGUGUCUAGGCGAUGAUCCAACGACGCCUAACAAGGUGCGGAGAACAAGGCACGGGAAAAGAGAUGUUGGGUGCCAUUGAUCGUUGCCCGGACAUGUGGCAAGCGUUCAGGUAGCUAUGGAUGUGACCUGGGCGAUUACCACUUAAGAGAAGAGCCGGAUCUCUAUAAACAUGAGGCAUUGUCUAUGCCUACACAGAGUGUUUUUUUCUAUAUCUUUUUUAAAUUUAAUAAACAAAUCUGUUGUGAGUGGGCAUAGAGAAGGCCUCAUGUUUAGAGAGACUUUUUCCUUUAUUUAUAGUUAAGCUGUGAUACAAACAGGGAAUAUUUUACUGUUAAUAAAACUUUUAAUAUAAAAGGAGGAUGUAUAUAUCUAGCGAUUCGCAUUUCAUUGUAAAUCUAUACAUGAAAAAAAUACAAGGAAAUACAAAGAUGUUUUAUUCCUUUUCUUGUAGUUAA